UGCUCGCUCGCGCCUCUGGAAUAUUCCCGCUGCCAGUGGGAUAAGUGCUUUCCUGUCGGUUCGUGUUUCUACUUGCUCUCCCCCGCCAUCCCAUUUGAGGCCGUUGGGUGAAAGAUGACACACAUGUCGAGUGCUAACAUAAAAUACGAUAGUGAGAAAUGGAGGAACAGAAUGCUGGACCUGGGAUUGAAGAUUUAUAAAGGAUUAUGGGAUUAUACACUGAAGAGCCAGCAGGCGGAAUGCCUGAGUGACUGAAGAAAAUGGGUGCUAAUGCAUCUAACUACCCUCACUCGUGUUCCCCAAGGGUAGGGGGAAAUUCACAGGCACAACAGACAUUCAUAGGGACAUCAUCCUACUCUCAUCAAGGUUAUGGCUGUGAAUCGAAGCUAUAUAGCCUUGACCAUGGCCAUGAGAAGCCUCAAGACAAGAAAAAGAAAACCUCUGGCCUUGCCACCCUCAAAAAGAAAUUCAUUAAGCGUCGGAAAUCGAGCCGGUCUGCUGAUCACGCCAAGCAGAUGCGCGAGCUCCUCUCGGGCUGGGAUGUCAGAGAUGUUAAUGCAUUAGUAGAAGAAUACGAAGGAACAUCAGCCUUAAAGGAACUUUAUCUACAAGCUAAUUUGGCAAGACCAGAAGCCAGGACGCUACAAAAAGACAUGGCUGAACUUUAUCAGUACAAAUAUUGUACUGAUGUAGACUUAAUAUUUCAAGAAACCUGUUUUCCUGUGCAUCGUGCGAUAUUGGCGGCAAGAUGUCCAUUUUUUAAAACGCUACUUUCUUCCUCACCGGAGUAUGGGGCAGAAAUAAUAAUGGAUAUUAACACAGCUGGCAUAGAUAUGCCUAUGUUUUCUGCUUUGUUACACUACCUUUAUACGGGAGAGUUUGGAAUGGAGGAUUCAAGAUUCCAAAAUGUUGAUAUUCUUGUUCAGCUUAGUGAAGAAUUUGGAACACCGAAUUCCUUAGAUGUUGACAUGCGCGCACUGUUUGAUUAUAUGUGCUACUACGAUGUGGUUCUUAGCUUUUCAUCCAAUUCUGACUUAGUUGAAACUUUUGGUGGAAGUCAGAACUGUCUAGAUGAAGAGCUCAGAGCUCAUAAAGCUAUUAUUUCAUCACGAUCUCCGUUUUUUCGUCACUUGCUGCAGAGGAGGAUACGAACUGGUGAAGAAAUCACAGACCGAACUCUACGAACUCCAACUAGAAUUAUAUUGGAUGAAUCUAUCAUACCAAAAAAAUAUGCUAAGGUCAUUUUGAACUGUAUGUAUACAGAUGUGGUGGACCUUUCGGUUUUGCACUCCAGUCCUUCAGUGGGCAGUUUAAGCGAAGUUCAGGCUCUUGUAGCAGGAAAACUAAACAUGACUAGGGCUGAAGAAGCUAUGGAGCUUUAUCACAUAGCACUGUUCUUGGAGUUUAACAUGCUUGCACAAGGCUGUGAAGAUAUUAUUGCUGAGAGCAUCUCACUAGACACCUUAAUUGCCAUUCUGAAGUGGAGCUCUCAGCCGUACGGUUCCAAGUGGGUGCAUCGUCAAGCUCUACAUUUCCUCUGUGAGGAGUUUACCCAGGUCAUGACUUCGGAGGUCUUCUACGAGCUCAGCAAGGACCACCUGCUCACAGCUAUUCAGUCUGACUAUUUACAGGCAAGUGAACAAGAUAUUCUUAAAUACCUGAUUAAAUGGGGAGAACACCAGCUGAUGAAGAGAAUAGCAGAUCGAGAGCCUAAUUUACUCAGUGGUACUGCUCACAGUGUGAAUAAAAGAGGUGUGAAGAGGAGAGACCUUGACAUUGAGGAGCUGAGGGAGAUCCUGUCUCCACUUCUACCUUUUGUCCGUAUUGAGCACAUCUUACCCAUGAAUAGUGAAGUACUGAGUGAUGCAAUGAAGAGAGGCCUGAUUAGCACUCCUCCUUCAGACAUGCUACCAACAUCAGAAGGUGGAAAGUCAAAUGCCUGGCUGCGGCAAAAAAAUGCUGGGAUAUAUGUGCGGCCAAGACUGUUCUCGCCAUAUGUGGAGGAGGCUAAGAUCUUGAUGAAAUUCCACCGGAAACAAAGCAGCGUUCUGAGGGAAACCUCCCCGGUUUCCAGCCAGUUUGCCGGCCCAGCUCCUCGGCAGCCCUCCUGGCAGGCGGAUGGCAAGUCUGUGCUGGAUGAGAUGAUGGUGGAACAAACGGAUCUCGUUCGUUUGCGGAUGGUCCGAAUGUCCAACGUGCCCGACACCCUUUACAUGGUGAACAACGCGGUGCCGCAGUGCUGCCAUAUGAUAACCCACCAGCAAGUCAGCACUAACCAGACCAGUCCUCCCUCAGUCAUAGCCAACGAGAUCCCAGUUCCCAAUCUCCUCGUUGUGAAAGAGAUGAUCAAGCGGCUGCAGGAGCUGCGUCACACGGAGCAGGUGCAGAGAGCGUACGCCCUCAACUGUGGAGAAGGUGCCACAGUCAGUUAUGAGAUUCAGAUCCGUGUGCUGCGGGAAUUCGGGCUUUCUGAUGCUGCUGCUGAACUUCUGCAGAAUCCUCACAAAUUCUUUCCUGAUGAGCGAUUUGGGGACGAAAGCCCCCUCCUGACAAUGAGACAGUCUGGACGGUGUCGUGUUAACAGCACUCCCACUGCAGAAACCAUGUUUACAGAGCUGGACUCUUUUGUGGCCUUCCAUCCACCACUGCCCCCUCCUCCACCUCCAUAUCACCCACCAGCAACUCCUAUUCAUAACCAGUUCAAAGUGGGCUGGAAACAAAGGGUGCCAAGUCAACAUCCCUCACGUUCCUUCUCUUACCCGUGUAAUCACUCGCUGUUCCACUCCCGCACCGCCCCCAAAGCUGCACCGCCUGUCUACUUGCCUGGUGUGAAGGCAGCACCUCCUGACUGCACUAACACCACAGGUCUGGGGCGACAAACAGUGGCAGCAGCAGCGGCAGUGAUGGCAGCUGAGAAACAAGUGUGUGCUCAGCCCUUGCUAAAUGACCUGAUGCCAGAUAUUGCCAUGGGUGUGUCAGCGAUGUCUUUAAAGGAAAGAAGAUUACCAGAGCUCACGGUCGACACGGAGUUAAGCCAGGUGGUUACAGAGGUAGGGCCUGGCCCACCCCAGCACAUUUCAUGUAUUCAGAACAGACACAUGCCUACUGCUCGGAAAAAACAUGCAAUAGAGCAAAAAAUAGAUGCUCGAGAAAAUCCACAGGAAUAUCCUGACUUCUAUGACUUCUCCAAUGCUGCAUGCAGACCCUCUACUCCAGCACCCAACAGGCACAGUCCUUCGCCUUCACAAGGCAUUUAUUUUGGCCCAGAUUUGUAUAGCCACAAUAAGGCAUCACCAAGUGGCUUAAAGUCAGCCUAUCUACCUUCCCAGAUAUCUCCUAAAAAGCAAGAGGACUCUAGGAGGGAAUACCUGCUCUCGCAAGAUGGGCAUCAACACAGGCAAAAGAAUGAGCCAAUACACCUCGAUGUCUUAGAACAACCUCCCCAGCGACUGGACUUGGCCUUGGCUAACCAGGAAAAUGCUGGGAAUGGCCCUGUUCACGUCAGGGGAAGAGCAAAAAUGGAAACGGAUUUAACCUAUGGGCUAACCUCCAACAGACCUUCGCUCUCUGCCUACACCUCUGAAAUGCCAGAAGAGAGACCCAGUAGGAGACUGGCAGAUGAUGAGCCAUUGGAACAUGGAGCACAGAGAAAUGCAGAUUUGGAAAGGGAAGAUGCAGUAAGCAGAGGAAGGAGGUCUCCCAACAAACCAGACUUCCUGUACAAAAAAUCUGCCCUAUGAAAGCAACCUCCACUAUUUCUCUGUGCCUAAGAGUUGUAAACAUCCCAUUCCUUGCAACUUUUGGCCUCACUUCUGUCAGACAAAUUCCUUCAUGCCAGCAGAAAAAUUCAGCUUCGCUCACUUCUUUUGUACAUACAUUGCUUUGUUAGAGACAGCAUGUUAUCAAUUUUGUUUUAAUGCUGCUUCUGGUUUUAUUUUGUGGGAAUUUUUUUUUUGAGCAGAUUUAAUUAAGCCUUUAAAAAAAAAAAAAAACAAAAACAAAAACAACAAAAAACCCACCACAAAACCGGUACCUUUUUUCUACAACCUGGUAGCCUUUUGCACCUGUACAUCUAUUUUAGUGUAUUAGUUUUGUACUAAUAUGUUAAACUUUAAUGUCACAUUUAAAGGACUGUAUUUUCAUACUUUUGCAUUUAUCCUUUCACAUGCCAAUUCCCUAUGUGCAUUGGGUUGCACAUUAUGAAAUGUAUUUUCUUAUGAGAUAGUAACAACCUGUUUAUUUUUUAAUUAUAGGAAUUCCAAAGAACAGCACAUCAAAAAACCUACAUUUUUAUUUAAGAUUUUUUUGUUUGUUUGUUUGGAUUUGAAAUCUUCCUGAUUUUUAUGACUACAGCAAGAAUCCAGUCUAAUGUUUUGUUUGAAAAGUUUUGGCAGCUGGUCUUAUCCUUAUGUAGAUAGCAAACCCACUUCAAGAAUUACAUUUGGGUUUUUAAGGGCUCAGAGGGAAAUUUAGGAGUCCAAAUUCUAGUGAAUUCACUGGAAUAUGACAGCUUGAAUCUGUUUGCUUCUGGUUCAGCUGUGCCCAUUGAGAACUCCAUGAUUACCCAGAAGCACUUACUAGACAGAUUAGAAUUGUUGAUUUGCCCAUGCAGAGAUAAAUGUAGAAAUACUAUAAAAAUGAUAGUAACUACUUGUUCUUCCAGCUGCUCAUACAUGGGGAUAGUGAAGACCAGAUUUGUGGAUUCCUGCUGAGUCGGAGUGUCAGGAAGACAAGGCAUAGUCAACAACCUUUGCUGUUGCCUGAACAUGAGGGAGGGUUCCCUCUCCCGGAGGUGCCGAGGUGACUGUCCAUUGCCUUGCUUUCUCCUGCCUACAGUUACAAAAGGGCUUCACUCUUGGUGAUGUCUUGUAGUGUUCCUUACCUGAUCUCACGUGUUGCUGACUCCAUGAUCGCAGCUCUUCUGGGAGCAGAAUCCCAGUGAAGAGUCUCUGCUUUAGCAUCAUGACAUGUGUGAAGCUUUAGCACUCUUAAAUUAUGCCUCCAUUUCCUGAGUUUGCUUUUUGAAAGCACAGAAAUGAGAUUCCUCUUAACAGGAUGUGAGGAGGGAAUGAUGGUGAUCUGGGCUGGCUCCUGCCACUGGGGUGGGGUUCAGCAAGGCACC